CCAUACAAGGUUUCCUGCUCCUCGGAACACCAGAACGAAAAAGAAACAGUAGGCUUAAACCCUAGCAAAAACCUUUUGGUUGCUUGCUUGCUCUCGUUCGUCGAUCGCUGAACUUCUUUUUCUCGUUGAGAGAGAAAAUGGCUUGGCGCAGUGUGGGAUCUGCUUCGCGCUCUUUCGCUUCGGCAGCCGCAAGAUCGCCGUCGCUUCGACCUCAGGCGUCGGCACUCCCUCGCUACCGUCCGCCUCCAUCCGCCAGUCCUCGCCGCCGUUUUUCGUCCUUCUCUCCUUCCAGGAAUUUGGGAGAACUUGGAUGCAUACAAUCGUUCCUUCCUCUGCACAGUGUGGUAGCUACAUCCCGCCUCACCUCACACCUCACUGUUAACGUGCGGGCUUUCUGCGAGCUGUCUCACGGGAAGAAAGGAAAAGAUGGGUGAUGCGCCAGGACUUUCAGUCAGCUAAAGGCAAGAGAAUGAUGCUACAUUGUACUUGAAACAGAUUGGAUCAGCACAUCCACGUGCAACAUCAUAUUGAUGCAGCUGAAGAGUAGGGUCGUCCGGUGGGAAAUUAUGGUCUUUCCAUAAGAAGGUUCAAUAAUAUUAUUUGUCAUCUUUAUGUUUCUUUCAUCAAUAGAUAAAGUAUCUCCUAAUUUAUAGAACAAGAUUUUAGGUGGCGUUUUGUAGGCAACUUGACUUUAUUGAUGUUAGUUGUUCCUUUGCUUUAUUAUUCCUUCAUGUGAUGCUAUGCUGUCAAUCGUAAAGUACAGUCAUACAUAUCAAAUCAACCUAUGGUUUUCAUGUGA